AUGAGCCUUCCAGGGUCUCCGCAGGCAUCGGAGCAGCAGCAGCAGCAGCAGCGGCAACAACAACAACAGCGGCAGAGGCACCAGCAGCCGCAGCAGCAUCUGUUGCUGCAGACAACCUUCUCCCGCAGACACAGGCCUCGCCGUCAGCUGCAGCAGCAGCAGCAGCAGCAGCAUCAGCAAGCCGUCCAAGGCGCAACAGUGGCUGAGAGUAGAAACAGCAGCAGCAGCAGCAGCAGCAGCAGCUCUUCUGCACUCAGCAAUACCCCACAUGCGCCAAGGAUGAGCCGCGAGUUCCCAGCAGCAGCAGCUGCUGCUGCUGCUGAUGCUGCCGCUGCAGCUACAGAAGGGAGAGCAGCAGCACCAGCAGCAAGCGCAUUGCCUAGCAGGAGACACCCCGCAAGCCGCAUCCCUCAAUCAACAAUUGCUGCUGCUGCUGCUGCAGACAACAUGCAGCAGCGGCAGCAAGGCCUGGGCGGGCCUAGGCAGGUUGGUGCGGAGACAGGGACGCAGCAGCAGCAGCCACAGCAGCAGCAGCAGCAGCCACAGCAGCAGCAGCAGCCACAGCAGCAGCAGCAGCAACAGCAGGAGCAGCAGCAGCAGCAGCGGCAUCCGAUGUUUUCUGCCUUGCUGCGCAGCUCUGCAGCAGGAUCAGGGGCCCAAAGCGCAGCCUCAAUGGCCUCUCGUGCAAUCCUAACAGUAAGCAGCAGCAGCAGCAGCAGCAGCAGCAGAAGCAGCAAGAGCAGCAGCAGCAGCAGUGGCAGAUACAGUAGGGAAGGGAAUAAGUUUGGAGGAGAGAGAUGUGUUUGUCAUUAUGAGUCGCCCUGCGCUGCUGCUGCCGCUGCUACUGCCGUUGCUUUUGCUGCUGCUGCUGUUAUUGCUGCUGCUGUUGCUGCUGCUGCUGUUGCUGCUGUGCUGCAGGAGCCCGUGCUGAGCAGCCAUUUGAGGCAGCAAGCGCAGCGACUGUCCCUGCGAAGCGGCAGCGGAUCAGGUUCUGCUGCUGCUGCUGCUUCAUAUCUGCGUAAUGGUUUGUCUCCUUUGCUGCUGUCAUCAGAUGCGGGGUUGGGGGCCCUGCUGCUGCUGCUGCGCGGUAGCAGCAGCAGCAGCAGCAGCAACGGUGGCCUUGUAGCGCCGGAACGGCCGGAGCUGCAGCAGCAGACACUGCAGCUUUUAAACAGCUGCUGCAUGCGGAAGCUGCGGCUGGUGCCUCGCAACAGCAGCAGCAGCAGCAGCAGCAGCAGCAGCAGCAGGAACAGGAAGAGCAGCAGCAAGAGGAAUCGGCGAGGUGUGGGGAGUUAUUUGCUGUCGGGCGAUUCAUUUUAUACGGAGUUUGACUUCCGCUGCAGCAUUUGUCUAGAGCUGCUGCUGCAGCCUGUCUAUACACCCUGUCUGCAUGUCUUCUGUGGAGACUGUCUCCUCGCUGUACUCUCAAAGGCGAGCUUCUGUCCCCUUUGCAGACGCGCCUGUGGGUGGGCGGGCCCUGUCUCCGCUUGGAGCAGCAGCCACACGAAGCAGCGCUGCAAGCAGCAGCAAAGAGAGCGACGGUGGCGUUCUGUAGACAGCAGCAGCAACAGCAGCAGCAGCAGCAAACCAACAACUGCGGGUUAUACCACUUGCGAAAGCAGCAGCAGCACCAGCAGGCGAACCGAUGAUGAAUUGCCUGAGAACACCCGGUACGGCAGCAGCAGUAGCAGCAGCAGCAGCAGCAGCAGCAAUAGCAGCAGCAGCAGCAGCAGCAGCAGAGGUUUCGUAUGCCAACCCCAUGAACACGCUGGUCACUUCGCAGCAAUCACAGAAUAUCCUGCUGCGGCAGCUGCAGCAGCAGCAGACGCAACUGCAGCAGCAGCAGACGCAGCAGAAGCAGCAGCAGACGCAACUGCAGCAGCAGCAGACGCAACUGCAGCAGCAGAUGCGGCAGCAGGAGACGCAGUAGCAGCAGCAGCAGAUGCAGCUGCAGCAGCAGAUGCAGCAGCAGCAGCAGAUGCAGCAGCAGCAGCAGCAGAUGCAGCAGCAGCAGCAGCAGAUGCAGCAGCAGCAGAUGCAGCAGCAGCAGCAGAAAACUCUGGAGCCCUGGACGAUGUUGAGGAGUUGCCUCUGGAGACAGAGACCAACAAUGACCAGCAGCAGCAGCAGCAGCAGCAGUUGCUGCUGCGACAGAUUGGGGUAGACUGCUGCAGCUCAGCAACUGCACCUGCAUGUGCUGUUAGGGGGAUGCAGGACCUGCUGCAGUGGCUGAUGCAGCGAACACACAGCAGCAGCAGCAGCAGCAGCAGCAGCAGCAGCAGCAGCAGCAGCAGCAGCGAGCAGCAGCUAGGAGACUGCAUGCGGAUUUGCGUUGUAAUGCACCGCAUGGAGAAUCCUUUGGGGGCAGCUGGCGGUCUUUUGCUUAGCAGCAGCACUUUCUCUCACCAGCAGAUUAUAUUAGAAUUCAAACACACAGCAGCAGCAGCAGCAGCAGCAGCAGAGGAAAGGGCAGCAGCAGGCAGCAGCAGCAGCAGCAGCAGCAGCAGCAGCGUCAGUGGCUACCUCGCAUUGGACUUCUUUGGAGAUGUCCCUGGGGGCCGCUACGUGUGGGGUUUUUCUGUCUCCUUUCCUCCUCUUAAACCCUCUGCAUGCAAGAUUGCUGUUUAUGAAGCCAGCAGCAGCAGCAGCAGCAGCGGGUGGAGAGCAGCACGAGCAGCAACGAACGUUAUCACCACCCCGGCGGAGUACCAAAGCCAUGCGGGGCCUGUACUUCGGAGUAGAAGCAGCAGCAAGUUGUUGCAGAGGAGGCAGCAGCAGCAGCAGCAGCAGCAGCAGGUCGUGUAUCUUCCUGCUGCAGCGCUGCUGCAGCUGCUGCUCAGCGUACGAGACCGCAGCUACCGCGUUGUUGGCUGGAAUUGCCGCGACUUCUGUCGCCUCAUCCUCAAGGCGGCUUGUCGUUUCCCUGGAUGGCCUUCGCGAGUGAUCCCUGUGGGGCGACCGACAGCAGAUGCUGCCGAUAUGCUGCUGUUUCUGGAGCUGCUGCAGCGGGAGGACUUUUCUGCUGUUCCUGCUGCUGCUUCUGCUGCUGAGGAGGAGGAGCAGGAGGAGGAGGAGGAGGAGCAGCAGCAGCAGCCGUUGCUGCAGCAGCAACACGCUGCAGAGGCCCAGCGACGCGACUCCUUUGUUUCUGCUGCAUCUUCUGAGGAGCAGCAGCAACAACGGGAGAAAUCGCUGCUGCAACAGCAGCAACAGCAGCAGCAGCACGAUCCUGAUGCAGCAAGCAGCAACAUGAGUCGCAGCAGCAGCAGCAGCAGCAGCAGCGCGCUUCCAAGGCCCAAGAGGAGGCAGCUGAAUAUUCUCAUUAAGGGAGUUGUCUCUCGCCUCAUGCAUCCGCGCAGCCAUCGCGCUUCUGCUGCUGCUGCUGCUGCUGCAGCUGCUGCAGCAGCAGCAGAUGGGAGCAGCAGCAUCAGCAUGAGCAGCAGCAGCAGGGAGGGCCAGCUGCAGCACUUGCAGCGAAUAGGGACAGCAGCAGAGAGCUGCGGCAGCAUCGAUAGCGAGGCAGAUGUAGAAGCAGCAGCAGACGCAACCGCAGAAGCAACAGCAGCAGCAGCAGCAGCAGCAGCGGAAGCGCAGGCAAGGUCUAGAGAGGCUGCAGCACUUACUGCCUGGUGGAAGCGAACCAGCAGCAGCAGCAGCAGCUGCAGCAACGACUUCCCGUUCAGGCUUGCAGUUAGCUCCGUCUACCUUUGUCUCUUCAGGGCCGAAGACCUCAACCGUGCAGCGCUUCUCCCUGCUGCAGAAUUUGCUGCUGCUGCUGCUCGAUGCCUCGGUGGUAUUUUAGGGUCUGGUGGGGUGUCUUUGCUGCCGCGGCAACGAGCAACAGCAGCAGCAGCAGCAGCAGCAGCAGCACCUGCAGCAGCAGCAACAGCAACAGCAGCACUUACAUCCGCAGAGGCAAUACAGCUGAAGUACAGCACGCUCCCGGUCCUCGUGCUGGAGUUGCAGCAGGUUCCUGCUGCUGCUGCUGCUAGAUUCGAAGAAUGCCAAGAAGAGCAGCAGCAGCAGCAGCAGCAGCAGCAGCAGCAGCAGCAGCAGCAGCAGCAGCGAAGGAGCAGCAGCUGCUUCACUUCUGUCGGAUUUCUUUCAAUUGAAUUUAGGAGCGACGUCGGCCUCUGCUGGCACUUCUACAGGGAGAGACCUCCAGGUAACAGCAGCAGCAGCAGCAGCAGCAAACAGCAGCAGCAAACAGCAGCAGCAGCAGCAGCAGCAGCAGGCGUUCUGAGAAGGUUGGAGGCUGCGUUGGAGUCUCGCGAGGUGUCUAGACAGCUGGCUAGCGCCUCUCUUCAGGAGAGACAUCGGUUGUCUUUUUAUAAACAAAUGACGCUGUUCCUCUCACAAACAAAAUAUAAAGAGUAUCAUCCCACCAAGUGGAGCAGCUGGGACUUCGUGGAGGAGCUGCUGCUGCGGUGUGCCCCAGAAGAGGCGCAGCAGCUGCUUGCGUUUAUGCAUGAAGCAGCUGCAGCUCGCUGA